GAAGAGCAACUGAUUGGCCAUGAGUCCAGAGAUAGCAUUGAACACAGGACAAACAACCUCAAUUCUAUCUCCACUGAUCCACAAAGAAAUCAAGAAGCGAACAAAAAAAGCAAGGCACUGCAUUUCCCUGCCACUGCUGAGCAGUGAGCACAAAUCACAGACACAAAUGGAAGCAGCAGUGGCUACUCCUUCCUUGCUCUUCUCUAGCCCAACACCCAGGAGGCCUUCCUCCUGCUUGUCACUGCCGCCUCCUUGCAGCAGCAGCUACGCCUCCAAUGGGGCGAAGCUGCAGCAGCCGCGGCUGCAGUUCGUCAGUCAGCUAACCAGCAGAAACAGCAACGGGAGUGGCAGAAGAAGCAUUUCCAUUUUGUCGCUGAGGUGCUCUUCCAGUGGCACUGACAGCGCGUCUUCUUCCGCCACUUCAGAAAGAUGGGUUCUUGAGCCUGCAGGAGACGGCGAUUGGCGUCAUAUCGGGUACCGCGUCGCACGACCCGGCGGCUUCCAGAUAGCAUCCGAGGCGGCGGUGACGGUGGGUCGUGUUCCUGAACAGGCUGACAUCGUCCUGUCUGUCGCAACAGCAGUUUCUGGGACGCACGCACGGCUGGAGAAGAAAGAGGGGAGCCUGUUGGUAACAGACCUGGAGAGCACGAAUGGCACCUACAUCAACGAGAGGCGCCUCAGCCCGGGUUUCCCCACUCCCAUCGACCCCGGUAGCCUCCUCAUUUUUGGCGACAUCCACCUGGCCAUGUUCCGUGUUUCCAAGAUGGUCGUGGAUGUGCCCAGUGACGCCAGUGGAGCUGAGCAGGAAGCAGCUGAGACGGCUCAAGUAUCAGCUGCAGCCCAACAGACCAAUUAAUUAGCGACCUCCAUGUGCUGCUUGAUGCAUCAAGACAGCUCAAGAAGAACUAGCUUAUCAGUGCUCCCAAAGGCCGACAUGAAGUGCAUAUGUUACGAUCGACAGUCUCCCUUGCAAAUAAGCGCAUACAUAUGUUGUGUGAUAGGAAUGUCACAGAGCAACAACUCUGGAUAUUAAUUAAUAGAGGGAGCGCACAUAAUGGUAGCCCCGUGAUCAACUUAAAAUGCAUUUAUCAAGUACCAAAGAUGCCAAUAUUA